AUGCUAAAGAAUAGCAAUCCAAGUGUGGAAGGGGAUAGGAAGUGGAAUACCAUGUGGGGGGCAAAGAUCCACAAUCGGUUGAAAAUGCUUUGGUGGAAAAUCCUUGCUAAUUGCCUCCCCACAAAAGAAAAACUUAGCUCUACUAUACCUAUUCAUGAUACAAUAUGUGCCUUCUGCUCAACCUCCGUUGAAAACAGCUUUCAUCUAUUUUGGGAGUGCAACUAUGUAAGAGCAAUCUGGUUUGGAUGUUGUUGGAGCCUAAGAGCCGAUGUCACUUCUGUAUCAAAUUGGGAUAGUUGGCUUGCUUGGGAACAAAAUGGGCGGCUAGAUGACAAAAAAUCCACCCCAAUUGCAAUCACAAUCAACUUCAUCAACAACAGAAUUCAAGAACUCUCUCCUCCUUAUAACUCAUCUGACUCUCUUCAAUUGGAAUGGAAGCCUCCUCCUGAAGGCUGGAUGGCUUGCAAUUCCGAUGUUGCUAUAGGAAAUAAUCAAUCAACGGGGGCGGCUGUGUUCCGAGACCACACUGGAACCAUCCUGAGAAUCCAUUCCUUUCGGCUGAACCAUUGUGACCCAUUGCCUGGAAAGGUGUCUGCUGUGUGCGAAGGUGCAGCAGUAGCAGUUGAUCUUGGAUACAGAAAUAUUGUAUUCCAGUGUGAUUCUUUAAACGCUAUUGCAGCUUUGAAAAGCAGUUCAUCCGACAUACAUAAGUUGCAUUUUAAUAUCCAAGACAAGGUUCACAAGUUUUGUACAAUUGCAGGUAAGUUCAAUCUUUGGGAGAUCACGUGGACUCCAAGAACCUGCAAUGGUGUGGCCCAUUAUGUGGCUCAAUGGGCAAAUCGCAACAACAAGUUUGGGUUUAUCGAUUUGGCCAAUUUUAAUGAUUUCCCGCAGCUGGCUAAUGCGGAUGAUCAUGGUUUAGCUUAG